AUGAAAUAUGCAAUUCUUACGCGGAAUGCACUGAAACGGUCUUCAAUAGCCUGCUACUCAUAUGGCCAGACUGUAUGCCACUCUAACAACAGGUGGUAUCACGGGUCUCCACGCAGACCCAGACCAAGUCUCGAGCCGCGAUUAGAGGACCAUGGCAAAGUAAUUGUUGAUGAGUACUCAAUCAUCCGUGAUAAAUAUGCUGCACCAAAAUACCCUGUCGUUCUCGCCCAUGGCUUGCUCGGGUUUGAUGAACUACGCCUUGCUGGCCCAUAUCUACCCGGUGUUCAGUACUGGCGUGGAAUUAAAGAGGCAUUGACUGCGCGAGGUAUUGAAGUUAUUACGGCGACAGUACCCCCGUCAGGCUCUAUUGAGGCACGGGCUGAACAAUUGGCCCGAAAUAUUGAGGCCGAUGCUCAAGGGAAAGAUGUUAAUAUCAUUGCGCAUAGCAUGCGCAAGCUAAUUAAUGGCUUGCAAAGUGGUCUUGAUUCACGAUAUAUGAUUAGUCACAUACGGCCGGAGAAGUUCAAAGUCUUGUCACUGACCACUAUCGCAUCUCCGCAUCGAGGUUCAUCUGUGGCGGACUAUGUACUUGAUCAAAUUGGAGCCGAUCGCCUACCUCAGAUCUAUUAUGCCCUUAAUCGACUCAGUGUCGAGACAGGUGCAUUCGCUCAACUAACAAGGAAAUACAUGACCGAGACCUUCAACCCCAAUACCCCAGAUGUAGAUGAUGUCAGAUAUUUCUCCUAUGGAGCAGCAAUGGAGCCAAGUAUAUGGUCUGCCUUUCGGCUUUCACACCGAGUACUUGCGGAAAUUGAAGGACCCAAUGAUGGCCUAGUCAGUGUGUCUAGCAGCCGCUGGGGAGGCGAUGCAGGCUACAAAGGAACCUUGAUGGGCGUGAGCCAUCUAGACCUGAUCAACUGGACCAACCGGCUUAAGUGGCUAGUCGGAGAAGUAACAGGCAACAAACGGAAGUUUAACGCCAUUGCAUUUUACUUGGAUAUUGCAGACAUGUUGGCCAAAGAGGGACUUUGA